CUCUAUGCACGAACUCUGCUUACGUAUUUCCGGUAUAAUCUCAGACCGCAUCUUUACUUCCACUUAGCGCAUUCCACAACGAAGUGUAAUACCGGCAAAACUCAUUCAUAAUUUUUCAUUCAUAAAACAGCGAUUUAUAAUUUGAGUGUUAUAUUAUAUUAUAUCAUAUUAUAUUAUAGUUAAGCAUUACUAAUGGCUUUCAGAAAGUUUAAAUAUCAACGGCGUGAGGACAGUAGUUCGACUGACCAUUGUUGUGUUCUGUUAUGUGUGGCCUCCUCAAAGUUCAACUCUGUACUGAGUUUCCACACUUUUCCUGUGGACGAAGAAAUACGCAGAAAGUGGAUUCACGGCAUUCGACGUGAGCGAUUUAACAUCACUUCUCAUACAAGGGUCUGCAGUCGUCACUUUAUAAGUGAUGACCUGAUCAAGCCAUUGACCCCUAAAGGGCGGCGCUUGCUGAGGAAGGGAGCUGUACCAACCUUAUUCCAGUGGAACGGCUACUCUGUUGCUGAACCAAGGGGCACCGGGGUAUGGCAAAGAAGGGAGGAUUACACUCCAGUGGAUGAAGAUCCUGUGCCAAUGGAUGCCCAGCAUCUGGAACAUGAUUAUUGUUCAGUUCCAAAACCCACGGCAGUUGAUAAUGCACUGAAUCAAACUGAGGAUCUCCGUAAAGAGGUGGACCGACUAAGGAGACAGGUGGAGGAGUUGUCGGUCAGUCAAAGGUUUUGUUUGGGGAGAUGUGCUGCUUCCGAUGAUAAUGUAAGGUUCGACACUAGGUUCGUGACUUACAGCCAUUUAAUGGCUUUCUGGAAACUCAUUGAUCCUGCAUCCCACAACAUGACUCGUGUGUCAAGAGCAAGAGCAACUACAAUAAGGAGUGAAGCUGGAACAACAGGCAGUGCAUGGGGUCAGUCUCUGCAGCCCAUUGAUGAGUUCUUCCUCUUCAUGGUCCACCUCUCUGUUGGCCUAAAACAGCAGAAUCUGGCCCACAGAUUCAACAUCAGUCCACAGUUAGCCGAAUUAUUACAACCUGGGCCAAUUUUUUGUACACCGUUCUUGGGUCUGUCCGCAUCUGGAUGUCUGAGGAGGAAGUCAAGGCUCAUCUACCCAAUGAGUUCCAGGACUACCCAGACAAACAAGUGGUGAUCGACUGCACAGAGUUGCGUUGCCAAACUCCAUCCUCUCUCCUGCUUCAAAGUGAAGUCUUCUCCACUUACAAGUCCCACUGCACCUUCAAGUGAUUAAUCGGCAUGGCAGCAUAUGGUGCAAUCACCUUUGUGUCAUCCCUGUAUGCAGGUUCUGUCAGUGACAAAGAGCUUUUUAAGCAGUCUGGGAUUG